UUGAGGAGAGGAGCAUCUGAACGCGUCCGGAGCUCGCGGUAAUGAUGGAGAGACGCGAGGAACGCGCGCGUUUAUGAUCAUCGCCAUUCAUCACCGGAGACAUCGUGAUCGAUACGGAUCGAUACAGAUGAUCUGUCAUGAUGAACCGCGCGGCGGUGAGGAUGAGGAGGAUGAUGAUGAUGAAGGGCUUGAAUAACGCGCGUCAUUUCCUCCACAGCGACUGUGUGACCGAGCAGAAAACAGUGGUUUUACUGAAGCAGGAGAAUGAAGGCUUCGGGUUUGUGCUGCGAGGAGCUAAAGCAGACACACCCAUCGAGGAGUUCAUCCCGACCCCUGCGUUCCCCGCGCUGCAGUACAUGGAGUCUGUGGAUGAGGGCGGCGUCGCCUGGCAGAUGGGGCUCCGCACGGGGGACUUUCUCAUCGAGGUCAACCAUCAAAGUGUGGUGAAGAUGGGACACCGGCAGGUUGUUAGCAUGAUUAAACAUGGAGGAAACCGACUCGUCCUUAAAGUGGUGACGGUGAGCAGGAAUCCCGAACAAGACGACAAAACCCGUAAAAAAGCUCCUCCUCCACCCAAGAGAGCUCCGACAACUGCACUCUCAAUGCGGUCCAAGUCCAUGACAUCUGAACUAGAAGAAUCAGAUAAAUUUGAAGAGACCGUGACGACACAGAAGCUUGGGCAUGAAAAAGGAUCAUUGGACAAAGUUGCCACGAUCAAGCCCCGCCCCUCAAGUCGCUUUUUGGUCUCACCCAUGGAUUUUAAUCCAUCCACGUCUGAAAGGCCAGGAGUUGCUGUAGUACCCCCUAGUGUUCCUGGAAGAUCCCAUGGAAGUUAUGUUCGUGUGCAAAAAAGCUCUAUGAGAAGACAAAAGUCCAUUGGAAUCGCAGGAGAAGAAAAGAAGUUCCUGAUAGCUCCACUGCUCAAGUUCACCAGAAGUCUCUCUAUGCCUGACACUUCUGAGGAUAUUCCCCCACCUCCAGGCAUCUCUCCUCCGUCCCCACCUUACAACAGUACUCCUAUGGCACAAGGAUAUGAGCCCAACCAGCCCAUUUACACACAGAACUCAACAGGCAGAUGCCACACUAUAGACAGAGACCUGGUCGGGUACCAUCGCCUGAACUUUGAACAAUAUGACUGUCAAACUCCUUUGGCUGCCCAGCAAAACAUGUGUUCCCAUAACAGGGCUCAUGUGCCAGAGAACCCAUAUUCAGACACAGUUGGCAAAACGUUGUAUAUCCCACCAAAACCAGCUCGUAGGAAGGGUAUAUUGGUAAAGCAGCCAAAUGUUGAGGAUAGCCCUGAGAAAACCUGUUCAAUCCCAAUACCAACCAUUAUUAUCAAAGAGCCUUCAACUAGCAGCAGUGGCAAAAGCAGCCGAGGAAGUAGCAUGGAAAUUGAGACUACCGCCUCUGAGCUGCCAGGCCAACUACGGCCAGACGGCAGUCACAGCGUGAACAACCCUUUUGCAGCUGCUAUUGCAGGGGCAGUACGUGACCGUGAGAAGCGUCUUGAAGCACGUAAGAACUCCCCAGCUUUCCUGUCGAUGGAUCUCGGAGACGAGGAUCCAUUUAUCCCUACCCCUCGUUUACGCCAGUCUAUGUCCAUAGAUGAAGGCAUGUUUGCCAGCGAUAAGAGUUUACAAAAGCUCAUGGGUCCACCGACUUCUUUAAUAGAAGUCCAGCAAAGUGGAAGUGGAGGUAACAUGAAUGACUUUACUCUCCCAGAACCAACAACUGAGCCCCUCACAACACGCACCAGGAGCUUCCCCAAUACAGACAGUCCCAUCACUCUCAAUGAUGGAGAUUUCCAAAACCAGACAUCAGGAAAGACUCAUGAUAUUUGUCCACACUUGGCUCUGGGUCUAGCUGCAAGUAAUAGAGCUCUGAAGGAGCAAGUGCAACCCCCUCUUCCUCCACCUAAAGGAGAACAUCACAAAGCAAACCUCAACCAGCCACUCUUCAUAGACACCAAGCUACGGUCCAAUAUUGAAGCCAACUUUGUUGCCACCGCUUCAGUGGGUCAAGGAAAAGAUUGUGGAGGUUUGUUUAGACACACAAGACAGUCCAAUCACGAAACAGAAAAGGCAAAGGAAAGUAAUCCAUCCGAGCAGUCGAAAAACACCAAUAACACAUCGCAACAGAAGUCUGCAGGGCUCCUCAUGGUCCACACACAAGAUAAGGCCAAGCCACAAGUAAACAGUCAGCCUGAUAGAUUAGAACAAGAAGAGUCCUCAGGAAUGGACAAAGCACCCAUUGAUUCCAACGUCAAACGUACAGCCCCCAACUCCCAGCCAACUCAUACGAGGAACGUCAUCACCUCUGCCACCUCUUUGGAGGAGCCAGUCAGGUUUUCCUGUACCAUUCCUCCUCCUCCAAUGACCUCAGUGGAUAUUGAUGAGGAGUUUGAACCCUUGCCUCCACCUCUGGAGUUUGCCAACAGCAUUGAUCUUCCUGAGGACCAGGUAGCAGAGAUUCUCAAGCAGAAAAAGAAUAACGCAACAAUUGGACCUGCUUAUCAUUCACGUGCUUCUACAACUGACGGUGUGGAGUCCAAGUGUCUUUCGGGGCUUGUAAACUGCAUGACUGCUCACACCUAUCCUCCACCACCUCCAGACAUGUUUGAGCCCGUCACAGACUCAGGCAUCGAGGAAGCAGACAGUCGGAACAGUGGGGACCCUCACUUUGAGGCCAACAGUACAAUUUCCACAGUGUCCAGUAUCUCUACUCUUUCAUCAGAGGGAAUUGACGACACAUGUAUAGCCUAUGCAGACGGGCAGAUUCUUUCGAUGGACAGACCACCUGUUCCACCAAAGCCAAAAAUGAAGCCCAUAGUCAAUAAAAGCAAUGCACUUUACAGGGACUCUUUGAUGCACGAGAGCAUAGAGUCCUUCGGACAGCCACCUCCAGCCCCUCCACCACCCCAUGGUUGUGGAGCACAAUCUGAGCUUCGCAAAAAGCUUGCUCAGCGAGGCACUAAAUUAUGGGACCCCCAUGAGCUCCCGAACCCCCUCAAUGCAGAUUCUAAAGCCAAUGUGAUCAAUGAGCUUAGCUCCAAACUUCAUCUGAUGAACAAGGACAGAUUUCCAACACAGGGAGGGUCACCACCUGCAGGAUCCAGAAGUAUUGGAUCAAGAGAGUGGACGGCCCAAGCCUCAGGUACCAAACGCAGCAACACUGUUCCCUCAACACCACAGAGCCACUUGCCCCCUCAGGCUUCCAGUCCAGCCUCGCCGCCUCCGGGAUCUGGGCAUAGCUCUUCCCUGCCAGGCUCUGCCUCCUCCCCCACAUUAACAGAUGUGUUUAGCCUGCCAUCUCCACCCAUCGUGAAUGCAGAGCAAUGCUACAGCCUCAGCUCAGUCAGCAGUCGAUCGCCGUCCCCUCUCACGCUGUUUCAGGCUUCAGACAAGCCCUUCGCUGACAAACCUGUCCAACUCUGGACCAAGCACGAUGUAGCCGACUGGCUUGAAAGCCUCAACUUGCAGGAACACAAGAAGGCCUUCUUGGACAAUGAAAUUGAGGGCACCCACCUUCCCAACCUCCAAAAGGAAGACCUUGUAGACUUGGGUGUCACUCGUGUUGGUCACCGGAUGAACAUCGAAAGGGGUCUCAAACUUCUAAUGGACAGAUAAAGGGUGCAUACACUCGGUACAAUGCUUGCCAUAGAUACUGGCUUGAUCAAUCCCUCAUUUUCUCUAACUUCUUUCAGUCUAGCUGUGUUGCAUCUGUUGGAAAUCGCGGGAUGAUGUUCCCUGUAUUGUUGUCAGAGGCACAGUAAGUACCGUGGACGCAGAACUGCACUCAGGAACACUUCUAAGAGGACUUGUUCUUGCCAUCAAAAGCUUUGUUUAAAUGUCAGGAGUUUGUCUCACGUGGACAACUCUAACCAGCAGAGCUUGGAGGUCCUUUUUUAUUUUACCUUUGAUACAGCCAUUUCUGGGGAAAUUUCAUUUCAGAUGAUUUCUGUAAGCGUUCUGUAUGUGGCAGAGAACAUGGACACCCAGAAAAGCACUGUUGUUUGGUCUUUAUAAAACGAGCUUAGCUGAAAACAUUCAAUUCACUCAGGCUUUGACAGGAAUAUGUAUUCACGCCCUUAAUAAAUGUUGGGUACAUCCACACAUUCCAGAUAAGUGCAAGGGAUGGUGGCUCAAGUGAAGCCGCUCUUUAUCCUUCAUGCUUCUUGAUUUCCAUGAGAUUGAAUGAGGACGGGGUCACGUACAGUUUUGUCUUCCAUGUUGUCUGGUCCUGUCGGCAAAAUUAAAUACACAUAUGCUUUCCCUAACAUUUCCCUAUACAAAAAGCAUAUUUGUGUACUUGCUGCAGAUAUGCCAAGAUAUAGAGAAUUAAAAAACAUAAGGCUUGAGAGGAAGAACGUUCUUAAUGAGAGCUUGUGGCGUAGCUCAUAAAUCCAGGUGUAAUUAUUGUGCUUAUCAGCUGCCAUGGAUCACAUAACAUCUAUAAAAGCUUCACAUUAAGAUAGCGACAGAACUUUUUUUUAUAUUGUGACUUGAUUGUGGAUUGUGAUAUUGAUUGUAUGAAGGUGGAUCUUAACAUGAGGUUGCAGAGGACUAUAAGAAAGUGGAGGAGUUGAAACGGACUAAAUGAUUGAGGUCUGAUAUUUCAGCUGAAGAUCCAGAUGAAUUAUUUAUUUUGAAAAAUGAAAUGUAUGCAUAGAUGAAUAGCUCACAAUAAGAUCAAUUACACAUUUAAAAGAGUAGCUUGGAAUGAAAUGGAAAUUCAUCCUAUUUUAAUGUGAGUUGCAGUUUUGGAGAGAUUCCCAGAGUCUAGUGGGUUUUAUUUCUUUGUCGGGCAGUAAACAGAGGCUGUAUUAAUCAGUUUUUGUUAUGAUAAAACUUGGAACCAUGUUUCUUAGCCAACGUACAUUAUAUAAACCAAGUAAAUGAUAACUUUUUUAAUUUUGAUUUUUGUAUGUGCCACUCAUUGCAGUACUGAUAGUAGUAAUGUCUCUGAAACGAGAAACGAUAAAGUUGCCAUUCCCUGCAGCUGAGAUUCUGAGUGGUGACGGAGUACGAGUGUAUAGAGAACAAUAUUUUUAAAAUGCGGGCCAGAAAUUCAAAAUCGCAAGCCUUUCCUGAACAAAGGUUUGCCAAUAUACUGCUGCUACUGUGAAAAUAGAUAUUUUACAAAAUAGAUCUUUGGAUAGCAUACAAUAGAAUAAGAGAGUAUUUUCAAUUUAUAUUAUUAUAUUGCCUUUUCUAAAUGCAAUUUUAAUGGUAUUGCUCCCACUUAAGUGUGGUUUGCCAAAAAAAGUGAAAUGUUUGAAUAAAAUGGGUAUAUUUGUUAGACUCUUAAUAUAGCAAAUCCAAAAAAGCAAUAUAUUUAUACUACGGAUAAUACAGUCUCUAUAUAUUUAGAUAAUGCACCCCAUCACUAAACAAGCACAGUGUUCACCUGAUAAAACACACUGCUGGUUUAUCUAUAGAAUUGUCAAUCCCUUAUUGUUUAGCUGAUUUUUUUCCUUUGACUUCAACCUAUUUUGCUUUACUUUGCUUAAAGACUUGUGUUCACAUUGUUAAUGUUGUUGUAAGAUCUUCUAAAAUGGAA